CUGUGCUGUCCAAACCCAAGCCGAAGGUGGAGCCUCCCAAGGAGGAGAAGACGGACAACGGGCCGGUCAAUGGGCAGGAGGGAACAGAGAGCCAGCCAUGCAACUCAGACAAAGCCAAAUCUGCAGGCACGGAACAGGGAACAUCAGAGAAAAAGGCGGCGCUGUGACACACACUGCAUCCAUACUGCAACGAUCCAGUCAGAGCUGUAGCAGGAGUCGCUGGUAUUUGGUCGGACAAGGAAUGUAAAUGUCUGAGGACAAGGAAGCCCAGGAGGAUGAGCUGCUUGCUUUAGCAAGUAUCUACGAUGAGGAGGAGUUCCACCAGGCGGAGUCUGCACAGGGUGGGGAAAUCCAACUCUGUCUGGAGCUCCCUCCUGGUUUCAAAGUUGUUGUCAAAGGAGAGAAGCAAACGGAAUAUAAUGUCUGCUUCUUACCUCCUUUGGUGCUCAACUUUGAGCUUCCUGCAUUCUAUCCCUCCACAUCCUCACCAAUCUUCACUCUCAGCUCUAAAUGGAUGACCAGAGCACAGAUGAGCUCUCUGUGCAGACACCUGGAUGAGCUGUGGGAGGAGAACCAAGGCUGUGUGAUUCUUUUUACCUGGAUCCAGUUCCUUAAAGAGGAGGCUCUGGACUUCCUGGGAAUCCAUUCUCCUCUUGAAUUCAUCAAGGGAGGAAGUAAGGCAUGUAGUGAGCGCAGGAAGAAUGACCAAGCAGCUACAGCUCUGACGCAAGGUGGCAGCCCUCCUGAAAACACUGAAGAGCAGAAAAGAGAAGUGAAGAAGGAAAAGUGUGAAGCACAGUUGUCCUUGUCUUCUCAACUGGACCCGCGGGCCGUUUUGUCAAUGGACCCUCGUGCCGACCUCCUACCUCAGCUCCUGGACUUUGACGAGGAGCAGCGCCAGAGAGUGUUUGACAGCAGGGUGUUCGGCUGUGGAAUCUGCUUUGUAGAGAAGAUGGGCUCAAACUGCCUCUGCUUUAAAGAGUGCCAACAUGUCUACUGCAAGGCCUGCAUGACCGAAUACUUCCAGAUCCAAAUACGGGACGGCAACGUUCAGUGCCUUAAUUGCCCUGAGCCCAAAUGUACCUCCAUAGCCACGCCGUCGCAGGUGAAGCAGCUGGUGGAUGAGGAGCUGUUUGCCCGUUAUGACCGCUUACUGCUGCAGUCCAGUCUGGACCGCAUGGCCGACGUGGUUUACUGUCCCCGGCAGUCCUGCGGCACGGCGGUCAUGGUGGAGCCAGACUCAACCAUGGCCAUUUGCUCAGCCUGCCAGUAUGCCUUUUGUACACUGUGCAAGAUGGGCUAUCAUGGUCUCUCCCACUGUAAAAUCCCUGCAGAUGAGUUGCGUAACCUCAGAGAUGAAUACCUGUCAGCCACACCUGUUGGGCAAAAGUUCAUGGAGCAGCGCUUUGGGAAGAGGGUGAUCCAGAAAGCAGUGGAAGAGUCCUUUAGCAGAGACUGGCUCAAUGAAAACUGCAAAGGCUGCCCACGCUGUGGAACUAACAUACAGAAAGUCGAUGGCUGUAAUAAGAUGACCUGUACCUCGUGUAGACAAUACUUCUGUUGGCUGUGUCUGGGCAUCCUCAGCAAAGUCAACCCGUACAGCCACUUCAACAACCCAAAUUCACCCUGUUACAACCAACUCUUCCAAGGUGUGGAUCUUGAUGAAGAAGAUGCCUUCUGGAGUGAUGAGGAGGACUGACACCUGGGCAGUACCUCGCUGCUGUGUGCUCCGUCUGAAUGCACUUUAUCUCACAUACCCAUCACUUCGUCGGUGACACUUACCAUACGUGCAUAAGCACAGGAGUGCCACUUCAACCUUAUACAUGUACCAUGGUUAAAGUUCUAUAAAACAUCUUGAGUCGAAAACAUUCUGGGUUAAAGUUGUUCAUAUUUACUUUAUAUAUAUGACAGAUGUCAUGUAUAUAAAGUAUUGGUAGAUUAGAAAUAAAAACCUUCAUAAUUAUACACAUUCUUAAAUAUUCAUGAACAUCAAGACUUUAGUAGAUAUUUUAGAUAUGACAGUGUCAUAGGACUUAACUUUUAUUUAAACUCAAAGAUCGCUCCUUCGGGUUUUCCAUGAGCUUUGACAUCUCACAGGCUUGCAAUGAUCAACAGGUGAUACUGCAACCACCGACUAAAUCCAACAUGUCUGCCUCUAAUUGCCUAUUAACUGCAUGUCGCAGGGAUAGUGAGGACUGCAUUUUCCCCUUUUUGUCAUAAUAAGUAUCCUGCUUAUUACAUAAAAUAUCUGUAGUUUGGCUGGCUUUUCAAGUGUCCAAACUAUGCCACCAACUAGCAACUUACUUUUUUUAAACAAACCUCAAGGUGGAAAUUUGCAUGAUCUUGAUCGUCACAAAUAGCGGGAAAGCAAUGCAGGCACUGUUGAAGUUAUUUACUAAUGCGCAUCUUUGCAAGUCAUGUGAUAAAAAUCAGGCAGGUUGAAAAGCGAAAUUUGAUGGGAGUGGGUUAGGAAAAUGGGUUUAUUAAUAACAAAACGAAAAUUCUAUAAUGAAGGACACCGCGGAUUAUAUCUAUGACGGUCAAUCCUCUGGUGGGCUUACUGUGAUCACGGUGGGUGUCGAGUAAAUCAGGGACUGAGGUGUGAGAAAGGAAAUCCUCACUUGGUAAACAGCCAAAACAUUCAAAUAUGAUAUUUGAUUAUGUACAGCCUCCUUUGAACAACUAUUCUUUAAUUUUGCCAAAGUGUAGUGUCAAAGUGAGGCCAUAUAAUAAUGAUACUUUCCAGAUAUACAAAAAACACGUUGUAUAAUGUUAAUUUAUUUUUCUUUUGUUUAUAUUUUAUCUGAAGGUCGAGUAUCUGUUCAUACUACAAUAGAAUAUUUUGCUCCUCACUGCUUCAUAAGCACUACUUUCAGAGUUUAUGCUGGUGGGACUGAUAAAAAGACAAUCUUCUGCUGGGUCGUGAAGCGCACAAGGUUUCCCCUCCCCUUAGGUGCAGAUCAAAUGUCACUUAAUGUCUCAUAAAGUAUACAUUUUAAAUACACCUGCAACAUCUUGUUAAAAUGCGUAUGCAUAAUGUUCAUUAUAAUAAAAGUGAAAAAUCCA